AUGAUCCUCCUCAAGCGCAUAUCUAGGACGCUGGAUGAAGCUCAGCCUCAGGAACAAGUUGGAUUACGUCUGGGGUUUAGCUGCCUGGACCACAUCCACACCUUGUCGAGAGCCAUAGAGAUUUGCCAGGAAUACCGCCUGACCCUAACCUGCAUCAACUACGAAAACGCAUUCGACAGAGUUCGCACCUGUCAGAGAAGCUACGGACCUAUUGACGGACCAAACGUGGGUAGGCACUGCUUCCAAUCCAGAAAGAAAAAAAGCCAGACAAUGCGAGCAAUGUCCCGUCUUCGCGACCCAGCGGAAUAUAUAUCGGAAGCGAAACAUAGUUGGGCCGGUCAUAUUAUGUGA